UAUGGGGAUUAUGCAAAUGAGGGACAUCAAGACAAUUAAAAAAAGCCCAAGUGAGCACAAUGUCAAAGCCGAGCAGAUGCUGGGAGACAGCGCAGCCCUCCCUGGCCCGGCGGCACAGCUGGACCUCCUGCUCGGCCAGUCCUGUGCCCAGAUCCGACGUGUCGCCCAGUCUGGAUGCUCCUGCUUCUCCUCUGGCUUGUGCAGACAACGCAGCCCAUCGGGUCAUUAGGCCCAUCUUUUAAUGAGCUGCCUGACACAUCUCCCAGCAUGCUGCCCUCCCACGGGGCUGUGUCUGCUGCCCCUUCCCUGUUGAGGGCAAAGAUGUGCAGGAUGGACCCUGCUGCAUCCUCAUCCCAUCACAGGCGCUCGCUGCUCUCUGACACAGCCGGAAUGGAGCGUUGGAUUAAUCCCCUGCAGAAUUUGGAUUUGGGGGGGGUGCUGGACGGGGUACCCGCAGGAAAGAGAGCAGAGAUCAUCCUUGCUUCUUGCAAGGACCUCCUGGCUUCCCACAGGAGAGCAGCCCAGCGCUCCGUGUCCCAGAACGAGGGGACCCAGCGCAGGGUGAGGGAAUGCCGUGCUCGUGGCGGGUCCGGCACUGCCACAGGAGGAGGAUCUGGUUCGCUCCACGGGUCUCAAGACUGGCUAAAUCCCCACUGAAUCACCCGUUGUUACACUGACAGCUCAGGAUUUAUGAGAGCUAAAGUAGAUGGGAAGCAGUGAGUGGGGAGGGGGGGAGGAAGGUCCCAAAUCCGACUUGUCUUUGCUUCUGCAAACCUCAGAGGACUUGGAAUGUGCGUUUGGGGAUUUAAUCCUGUCUGAAACCCUGAGCUUAAGGAAGCUGAAGUGCAUGUCAAUAGCUGCAUCCAAGCACAGCUCCUGCCCGGCAGCUACUGGAAGUGGAAAAACGCUGUUUCCCAAAAGCCUGUGGAAAAGCAGAGGCAGGCUGGUGUUCAGAGACAUGGAAAGAUGCAGGGAACAGCCAGGGAAACACGCUUCCAUCCUCACUCUGCUAAUUACACUCAUUAAGGAAGGAACGCUGCCUCUGAUUUCAAGCUAUCCCAGCUAUUUUUAAUUUCCCUGCCUGCUGAAAGCACACACCGGAGCGCUCGGGUGAGUUAUUUUCUGGAGACGGAUAUUUCUCCUCCCAGGUCAGAGGCGCUUUUGUGUCUGCCUGGCUGGGAGACGGAGCCGAAGACAAAGCAGAAAGGCAGAAAGCAGGAAAGAGUUGAGCUGUGGAGAGCCAGCAUCCCUGCCCCAGGCAGGGGGGCCGUGCGCCGUGGGUACCGGGCAUCCGCUGUGGGUUGUGCGAGGAAUGGGAAGCUGUCGGCAGAGCGGAGCAGCGGGGAUGCAGACGUGUGCACUGCUCCGCGACCCAAUGGGAAGAGCGCGAGAGACUGGAGAUAAUUUAUGCACUAACCUCAGAUUGGGGUUGCGGGCAGCCGUCCCCAGCCAGCGUGGGAGGGAGGCCUCUUCCCAUCGCCCCUUCCACCCGCCUCCUCCCACCCUGCAACCACACACAGCCACACAAUCCCCUUACAAUUAGGAAGACACCUAUUCAGCAUCGCUCUGGCAUUGCUGGGCUUUUGUUCCGGCUCUUGUCUGCUGGCAAAGCUCUUCUUCCCCUCCGCACGGCUCGGAGCAGCGCUCGGCGUUUUGUUAAGUUGCUUUUCAUAAUCUCCACCAAAGAAUCGCAGUCCCGUUGAAGUCCCGGGAUUGAGGCGGCUGGAAGGAGUGGGAAAAAAAAAAGGAGGAAACAAAGUCUCCCACAGGUGCUCCCACACCUCUCCUACUCCAGGUGAUGCCCCAGUUCACCUUCGCUUGCUUCUGCGGGCUCCAUGGCUUCUGCAAGAUGAAGAGGAAGAAAGACGAGUCCAGCGCGGAGCAGGAGACAGCGGUGUGAGGAGCACCACACUCGUGCAUAUGUCCUGCGGCGCCGUGGCUCGGGAUCCCAUCCCCUUCCCAUCGAUCCUCGCGUGGCCGGGGGGAAGCUGAAGCGUGGGAAUGACCUUGCUGAUGGGCAGAAGCAGAUGCUGUGGACAUUAUCCAGGUGCUGCAGGGAUUCUGCCGGGAGCCCCAGCUCUGCACUGAGCCCUCAGGACCCAAGCAGCCGGUGUCAGAGGAACCUUGCAUCCCAGUGGGGUAGAGAUCUUCCUCCUGAUC